GAAAUCCUUUAGACCUAGGCCCUAAUUAAUUUAUCCGAUACAGCAACAUGGCGCUUCCCAUGAAACUGAAAUACUUUAGAAAUUUGCAGAAAAAAGCUAGUUCAUUUGUAUUGAUACAGCGUAGGUUUUUAACUCCUGAUGACUUGGCUGACGACCCAAAGAGGAAGAAGCAUGUAGAGGAACCACAGUUUCCCGAUGAGUACUCCCUCGAUGGACCUCCAAAGGGAAAGAGCUAUGACAAGAAGCCAUUUAGCAUGGAGCUCACUGCUGGGAAGAGAUAUUCAUGGUGUUCUUGUGGCUACAGUCACACUCAGCCCAUGUGUGAUGGAACACACAAGACUCUGUGGGGUACGGCUGAGAAGAAAACGAUGCCCAAAGCCCGGCCAAUUCGCUUCCAGGUGGAUGAGACAAAGAACUACUGGUUGUGUAACUGCAAACAAACAUCAAAGCGCCCGUUCUGUGAUGGCACCCACAAACGACCUGACAUACAAGAACUAAAACUCUGACCUUUAGUCAUCAUGGAAUUAUAGCUUGUAAAUAGUGACAUAGUGUUAUAUAGGUUUUAGAAAGAUGGACUUUUACAUCCACAUUUUACAACAUUGCUUGCUGAUACAAAACACAAAUAUAACCAGUUUUAAUCAA